CAGGAUUCCGUGAUAAAAUACUCACUGAAGUUGUCGAGCGGCAGCGGGGAAGAAUAUGACGAAAAAAUCGAAAUUGACGCUGAAAAGGAAACAGAAACGUUUCACGUACCAAAGACUUCGCCUGACGAAGAAGCAGGAGAUAUAAUCUACGACUUUAAAAAGGUAAUAGAGUUUUAUUUUCAAUCUUGGAGGAAAAGGCCGUGCACAUAAGCGAUAGGGAGUAGCGUCCUUGGGAGUUUGUAACCCAUUUCGAAUCAUUAUGAAUUAUAAAAGGACAUGAUUCAAAGUGAUCUUAAAAUUCAGCUUUGCAAUAUAAUUGCCGUUGACGUUUGUGCCAUCACCGUCUUCUUUUCAAUUUUCAAGAUUUCUUCGGUCUUUUUUAAGACUUUCAUACUUAAGAUUAAAAAAAGCAAACAAGCGAACGCCAAAAAUAAAGAAACAAACAAACAAACAAAAAAUACGAAGCAGAAGCAAACGGAAACAAGCCAAAAACCAAACGUUGUUAUUGACCUGAUUUUUAAAAAAAAAGGAGACUGAGAGUUAGCAGCCCCAUUGAAGAGACGUUUCUAAUCAUUUCCAAAUAAAUGCUAUCUGAAUAGGUUAAUUAAUGCAUAGAAGCCCAGCAGAUUUACUUAAUGACCCUUCCAUAGGGGUCGGGCUAAAGUUCUGCGUAAGAGAUAUUUUUUAAACAAAAGUUUUAACUAGUUUAUUGAACACGAUAAGUCAUGCAUCUUAAAUUAAAUCUCAACAGAUCCAGUCAGUAAAGUUUACUGAAGCGUCAAUAUAAAUCAGUAUUUAAAACCUUUGAACGGUAUGAAUCCUUGCCGAAACUAUUCACCAAAAAUAUUUCUUUUUUUCUUUUUUGAUCAAUAAACGAUAUGGCACUUUAACGUAAAAACGUUACUUUGCUGGCAGAAUUUCUUUAAAAUGUUUUUGACAAGACUGUGAUUUCCACGCACAGCCAACGCUAACCGCCUCAGAGGCUUGGAAUUAGUCCAUGCGACGACUCACAUUGACUCAACAAAACGGCCAAAAUACUCUAUUUACUAAAAUGACGUGAAAGUUCGCGUGACAGUGAAAAUAUUAGGCUGAUUUAGCAACAGGACGGGAACGUCAGUUGACGACGGGAAAGCGCGCGGAAAGGACUAAACACGACUUCCGGUGCUCAAUUUGUUGCUCUGCCAUUGGUCAAGAUGGUCAAGCCAGUUGUUUGGUUUGCGCGCGCCGUCGUCAACUGACGUUCCCGUUCUGUUGCUAAAUCAGCCUACUGACCUCCAAGGGGUGCUGGUUGUCGAUAUCGAUUUAAUCAUUAUACUUAAUUCCAUUUUUCCUACAGAAAAUGACAAUGAUACGCUUGCCAGCAGCAAAGGCUUGCUAUUUGACCCAUUCAACUGAUGACGCUCUCAAGCCCGCCGACUUAAUGAAAGGUUUAGCAUGGGUAAGUGCCAUAUACAGUUAAAUCAUCUUUGUGAUUCAAGCCAAUUGGAUCGUCAGGAAGUUUACGAGAUAAAAUGCUAGCUCACAAAAACCAUUAGUUUUCCACCGCGGCUGCCCUGGUGUCUGGAUUCCUAUCGCUUUAAUACUUGUCUUUCUUUUAUGGUUAGGUACCUCCUAAAACAGAUGGAGGGUUGCCUAAGGCUCGAACUGACAUAAACCUAACAGUUGUAGGAACUCUUGAAGACCGAUCAGAGCUAAGUGAUGAAAUGGCACGUUUGUGUGCCAAGCUGCCAGUCUACGCAAUGGUGAAAGGAAACGUAAAGCCCAUUGACUUUAGCGAAACAAGACAAACA